UCCGUCGCGGGCGAAGUUUUACAACAAUGAAGCGUUUACUGUUAAUCUGUCUCCUUUAUGUGUUUUUUGCCGGGGCUACUUUGUCACAGUCACCGUGCGUAAGAAUUACUUACAAAAGAACGAAUGACGUUGGCUUUCGGUGCAACGAAAUAAAAACGCUGCAAAAUUAUUUGGACAAAGCGGCAACCAACACAACGAUCAUCACGAUUUUCGACUCUGAUAUACCUAAUAUACCAGGACACCUUUUUGCGAGAUUCGGGGCUACUCUCACGACUUUAGAUCUGCACGAGUCGGGCAUACAGACAUGUGACGCACAGGCAUUCGUAGGCCUUACAAAGUUGAAAAAGUUGAUGCUCUGGGGCAAUAAACUGACAUACGUGCCAGGAGUAUGGUUCGCGAACAUGCAGUCCCUGCAGACCCUCGAUUUGUCGUUCAACUUUAUUCAAGGGAUCGACUACACGAUCUUUUAUGCGCUUCCUAAUUUAGAAAACUUCUACUUCGACUACAACCAGCUUCGCUAUAUCGAUUACAACAUGUUUGCCUACUUGGGAAAAUUGAAGAAAGUCAAAUUCAGCAUGAAUCCAUGGAACUGGUCAUAUCGCGCAAGGCUGACGUGGCAGCUCGAGAACCAGAAGGUCGAGAUAUCAGACAUGUGGGAGGAUUGGAACUGGAUGAACGUCAUGAUCAAAGACUGUAUCGAGAGCGGUCGGGGCGAACUGCCGAGCGACAAAGUGCUCGACUGCGUCGUGGAGAAGCUGCUGACAUUCACGUACGAAACGUUCAGCGUGCAGGAAAGGAACAGUUUGGCUGGAUGUAACGAGCAGGCCAAAAGACUAGUGCGUUGCAUGCGACCGAGCAACAUUACUGGCAAUACCGAUUAUGAGACGGUACGAAGGAUUCUCGAGGAUUACUCCACAGUCUUGCCAUCGAUGCAAAGAGCACUGAAGUCUUUCCCGUUGAAGCGGUAAAUACGUAUUAUCUCACAAUCUUCUUUCAUAAAUUUUUUUACGAUAAAAAAAAGCUAAUUUUUUUAUUGAGAUAUCUUUACCGUAAAUUUGAUUAAUUUUCUAUAUUUAUAAUGUGAGAGUAAUUUUAUAACCAAUUUAUGUAUUAAAAUAGAUAUAGAUUGUA